AUGGCCAACCAAUCAGCAGACGGACCCUCUACCUCCCAGUCCCAGGAGAUGGCCACCCAGUCAGCACACGGACCCUCUCCCUCCCAGUCCCAGGAGAUGGCCACCCAGUCAGCAGACGGACCCUCUACCUCCCAGUCCCAGGAGAUGGCCAACCAAUCAGCAGACGGACCCUCUCCCUCCCAGUCCCAGGAGAUGGCCAACCAAUCAGCAGACGGACCCUCUCCCUCCCAGUCCCAGGAGAUGGCCACCCAGUCAGCAGACGGACCCUCUACCUCCCAGUCCCAGGAGAUGGCCAGCCAGUCAGCAGACGGCCCCUCCACCAGGUCCUCCUCACACCCCUCCCCCAGCCAGUCAGCAGACGGCCCCUCCACCAGGUCCUCCUCACACCCCUUCCCCAGCCAGUCAGCAGACGGCCCCUCCACCAGGUCCUCCUCACACCCCUCCCCCAGCCAGUCAGCAGACGGCCCCUCCACCAGGUCCUCCUCACACCCCUUCCCCAGCCAGUCAGCAGACGGCCCCUCCACCAGGUCCUCCUCACACCCCUCCCCCAGCCAGUCAGCAGACGGCCCCUCCACCAGGUCCUCCUCACACCCCUUCCCCAGCCAGUCAGCAGACGGCCCCUCCACCAGGUCCUCCUCACACCCCUUCCCCAGCCAGUCAGCAGACUGCCCCUCCACCAGGUCCUCCUCACACCCCUUCCCCAGCCAGUCAGCAGACUGCCCCUCCACCAGGUCCUCCUCACACCCUUCCCCAGCCAGUCAGCAGACGGCCCCUCCACCAGGUCCUCCUCACACCCCUUCCCCAGCCAGUCAGCAGACGGCCCCUCCACCAGGUCCUCCUCACACCCCUCCCCCAGCCAGUCAGCAGACGGCCCCUCCACCAGGUCCUCCUCACACCCCUUCCCCAGCCAGUCAGCAGACGGCCCCUCCACCAGGUCCUCCUCACACCCCUCCCCCAGCCAGUCAGCAGACGGCCCCUCCACCAGGUCCUCCUCACACCCCUCCCCAGCCAGUCAGCAGACUGCCCCUCCACCAGGUCCUCCUCACACCCCUUCCCCAGCCAGUCAGCAGACGGCCCCUCCACCAGGUCCUCCUCACACCCCUUCCCCAGCCAGUCAGCAGACGGCCCCUCCACCAGGUCCUCCUCACACCCCUCCCCCAGCCAGUCAGCAGACGGCCCCUCCACCAGGUCCUCCUCACACCCCUUCCCCAGCCAGUCAGCAGACGGCCCCUCCACCAGGUCCUCCUCACACCCCUCCCCCAGCCAGCAGCAGCAGGAUGGGGACGAUGAAGACCCGGACCAGGGAGACCCAGAGGACAAGGGCCAGAGCAGGCCAGACCGCUCCAGGGACAGAGCUCUAAACAUGGCUUCCCCUGCUGAGGCUUG